UCAGAGCCCCCCUCUCGCUCUUGCCUCGUUAUUCAUCUAUUUGACGUUUGCCUGACGGACUAUCCUUCAGCUUUCCAAUCCUACUAUUCAAGAUGUAUUGCUCCUGGUCCACCAAUUACGAUGACAAUGAGUUUACGAACUGGCAAAACGGCAGCCUACCCAACGAUCAAGCAACAUACACGUCUUCUCAUUUUGGAGGAUAUGCUGGGCUUGAGUUGUAAGUAACACAACUCCCCCCUUCCCCGCUAACUAUCUCGAACUUCUCACUAGGCGUUAGCGGCAUAGGUCUAUUGGAGACCAGGCGACACAAAGAAAGACCUCUCUUGAUUGCCGCAAUACAAGUGUCUAAAAAUGGGGGCAGUUGAGAAUCUAACUGUGAAUGUCCUGCUCGGAAAAGGCGUCGAUCAAAACACAUAGUCGCCAAGGACAACGAGGCUUGCGCAAAAGACGGGGAGAUAGCCAUAAAGAGAGGCCAUGGCCGAUGCUCUGGACAGGAGAAAAAUCGUCUUUUCCGGGCAUCUAUGUUUCUAUCGCGCGCAGAAUAGCCUUUGCAAUACAACUGAAAUUGCACAAUCCCCACCUGUCCGCUUCGUUAUUACCCGUAACGUUGGAGUUGAAUAUGCUUCUCCCCGCCAGGCAAAAUGCCUGAAAACGCCCUGUGUCAGAGAUGAUUCAGUCUUCAGAGGGAGUGUUGGGGGGGGGCUGAUGGUGGUGGUCAGUAGUAGCGGUGGCGAGUUGAGACGAUAUCGAGGGGGUUGCAGCCUGACCAACACAGUUGGUCCUGUUGUUUUGGGAGACACUAGGUCUACUUUGCACCAGCCUCUUGUCACCCCCAUUACACCUCACGAUGAGGGAGGCGCAAACCAAACCAUUGAUCCGGCCGGGCCGAAUACCAUUGACUUUGAGUCGUCUCCAUGUUGCGAUUAUGAAAAGCCGAUUGAUUCGAUCGUUGCCCGAGGGUUAAAAUGGAUCAAAAACGAGGAACUUCACCAGCAAAAUGAGAAUCACGUUUCCAACAGUGAUGAUGAGUUCCUGGCUUUCAAGGGCAGCAUAAGUAAGCUAGGAACCAAGCAUGACAGGUUGAAGUCUUCAAAUGCUUCACCCCGUCCGCAGGAACUGCCGAAAUUGCUGCCCAAUCCAACAAAAGCCAUGCCGACAUCCGAACCCCCGCCAAAAAAGAAGUUUCUAUGUGACUUAGACGGUUGCGACAAGACUUAUCCCCGCAAAAAUGGCCUGAACAAACACCAAAAAAACAAACACAACGCACCUCCGAAGAAAGCUGGCCGACCCAGGAAGACCCGGUGAUGAAAUUUGCUGUGAGCAAUCAUCACUCCUGACAACAUUCCGACGGUGGGAAGGUAGAUGGAUAUUGUGUGAUGGACUCGGCGUCUUGUUAUGUAUCUUAUUCUGUGCGUCGAGUAUGCG